AUGAAACUCCUUUUUACUGCCGUAUUUACCCUAAUUACGGUGGUCAUAUCACCCUCCACAACCCACCGUAUCGCCGACACUCCAGAAGAAGGGGAUUUGAGGAUCGAUAUAAACAAAUCGAAUAUUGCCCCUAUUGAUGACAAGAAUGCCAUUCCAGAACAAGAACCCAAUGUUGAGACUCCAUCAUCCAUGGAAGGUGACGAAGAAGAAAAAAAGGAAAGUGAUUUGGACGGUAACGUAACGGAGUGCUCAAUGGAAACUGAGAGUGUUAUACCCUUAGAGGAGUCUGAUAUUACUAUAGUUGGGUAUGAUGAUAAUGGAAGUAGCUACAUACAACAACAGGUAAACAGCUUUUCAUUUAGUCAAGAUGUCAACGUGCCUUAUAAAUCGGACAAGGGCUUCCGUCCGCAGUAUAAUAGACCUGCCCGACGAAAUACUGGCAAAAUUCCGGUUAGGCCAAAUAGUAGGGCACCUUUAUCGUCAAAUAGGGUAUCUAAUCCUCACAUUAGAACCACCACUUCCCAAAAACCUAUACGCCUCUUACAGACCGGUACGAAUCGCGGGAACCGCCAUCGUCCUAGACAACGCAGGAGGCGAAAUGUAAAUGGUAGUGGCAACCGUCGGAGGGUCCAACCAAAGACUCAAAACAAUCGUGAUAUUCGAAAACCACAGAAUAAUGGAUCUGAUUUACAGAAGUCGGGAGAAUCCAAAGCAUAUGCAAGGCAGACACUUCCCAGGGAGGAUAAUGACGACACUGAUAAUGUUGUGGAUGCUGAAGAAAAGCCGGUGAUCAAACGUCGUCUAACUGAACGAAACUCCUACGGUAAUGGGAUUCUCGAUGCAGAUGAAGAGACGAGUCGCGAACUGUUAAAGCAAUUGACUAGACAUUUUGACGAAGAUGAUGGUGUGGCGCCUGUAAGCGCAAGACCUGCUAGAAGCCCACCGCGGAGCAGAAUGACAUUGAGAACUCCAAAUGUAGUUAAGGGAUACCCAGUGAAAUUCACUAACCGUGACGUAGAGAGCAGACUCGAUGAUGAUGAUAUCGAAAAGGCACUUGAAGCGAUGGAGUCGGAACAAAACACGGAAACUAACAACACAAGUAACAAAACAGGGCCCAUUGAUCCGAUGGAUUCGGUAUUUUCUCAUGACACCGAUGGUUCCAGCGACGAUGAUGAAGGGGAUGACAUGGACAAUGAUGUAGGACCAUACUUCUCCUCACAGUCAAGAGAGAUGGAUAACGCAAAAAGAUCCACAGUCAACGGUAUGUCAUAG